AUGGACUUGAACUAUCCCGAUUUCUUGGGGCAACCGUCCAAGAGUCGCUCCCACUCUGUCGGCGGACCAACGGAUCCGAACUCGGCCGCUCCAGGCGAUCCGUUGGCCCGGCCGUCGGCAAUGUCUCCCGAUACGCAACCUUUAUCGCCCAAUCUUCCAACAUCCGACUUUGACCUUCUUUUGAGCUCCAAGUUGGCGUCUUUGGACGCGGCACGCACCUUCCAUAGCCCGUUCUCUCCGUCGGCCUCCAAUCUGGGCCAUUUUGCGCCCACAACUGCCGGAUUUGGCACCACAACCUUUGAUCCGUUCAAUCUCCCUACAGAGCUCCAGGGAGGCGUGGGAAACAUUUCGUCGAGAAGACCGAGUUAUGCGGCCGAAUCUUUUACCCGGUCUCUGUCCAAUUUUCGUAGUCCCUUUGGUGCCCCCACUUCCAAGAACUCGUUGGCAUCAUUUGCUGCUGCCAACAACUAUACCUUGAACAGCGCCCAACGCAAUGCGUUCACGCAGAUGACAAACUCUUUCGAGAACUUCUCCUUGAAUCUGAAUUUCAGCGACUUCCAGGCACGUAGACCGUCACAGAUAGCCGCUCCAAAUACCUCCUACUAUCCGGAGAGACACGGUCAGGAUAUGUAUGCGGGACAUUACACACCUGGAGCGUUACACGCACCUCAGGUUUUUCCUCCUGUAUCGCAGAGCCAUAGUCAGUACAACGUGAAUGUACCUCUAAAUGCCCCAAUUCCAGAACAAAACUUUGGUGUGCCCGGCCACAACCCGGGCUUCCAGCCCUCAACCAAGCUCGAUGAUGGACUCAUGCUCCGCGAUCAGCAGUUAGUGGCGCUGCCCGAGUUGCGCUCGCUCUAUGCUGCGGUGCACAACUACUUCAUAAGCCAGCCUUUAUGUGGAGCUGUGCUCUCGCAACUCAGCAAGUUGCUCACCAGCCCGGUCGUUCAGCGACUUGUCGCAUUCAUUAAGAAUCUUAAUAAUCUUUCAUUCAACCACAAGAUGCUUUGUCUUGUGGCAAACAAAAAUGGUAAGCUCGACCUUCUCUCGUACCCUGCCAACACCAAUCUCUGUCUCCAAAAAGAUGAUCUAGUGAUCGUGGAUGGCGAUAGAGGCAAGGACAUGGUGAUGAUUCUUGACCCGGCUGUGCCUCUCAACACCGCGAUUCUCUUCAACUUCCUCAAGAAAUUGGAACACUUGAAGUCGCUCACCAUCACAGACUCGGCGGGUGGUAGCACAGUCAAAGGGCUUCGCAGAAACUCUGUGGGCAUGGAUUUUGACAAAAACUCCUCCGACGACAAUGAGUUCGUGAUCUCUCUUCCAACAAAGCAGGUGCUCCGCUUUGCCACACCCAAAGAGGUGUACCGUUUGAACUCCAAGUUUUUGGAGGAGAAGAAAGCAUUCUACACAUGUUUCUCCAAGAUCCAAGAUCUUGGAUUGAGCUCUGACUUGGAAUUGAUCAACGUUGAAUACCAGAGCGACUUCAAGAAGUUGAUCUUCUACUACUACGCGAACUUCAAACGUAUUGACUUCCGUGUGUUAAUCAAGGAGCUCUUCAAGGUGUACAAAACCCGGAUCUGGUUGUGCGCCGUGUUGCCCAGCAACGGGCGCCUUCUCUAUGCGGGAGACGUCGUGAAGAGCGAGCAAAACUGGCGGCCUGCCAGCCAAUCCGACAAGACACUGGCACAGAGCGGCAGCCAAAACCAGAAAAAAUAUGCCAAUGGCAACAUCGGCACCAAGGACGGGGUGACUCUGCAGGACGGGAUCCCGCCCGAAUACAAAAUAUCCAACGACCAGCUAGUGAACUUCAAUGUGCAAGGUUUCAAGGCAUUGCCGGAACCAACAUACUUCCAUCUGCAGAACAUGCUCAACUUGAUGGCUAACUUGGGACAGGACAUUGAGGGCAACUUUUAUGGAUUCAAUCCGGGCUCAAAACCUGAUCGUUUAUAG